AUGACGUUGAUCGCAUUGCUUAACUUCAGCUAUGUUCAAAGCAGUUCAGGUAAUUAAUAACUACAUAAUUACCAAAUUUUUAUUGCUGAAUGCCACUAACAAAACUUUUUUUUAGAUGAAAUAAAAUGUUUCUGUGAUAAACUAACAUGUCCCGGUUCAUUAGUAUGUACCGGAAAGUGGUGCCUUAUAGGAAUAAGUAAUGAUGGUAUGUUUGUUCAAAUUGUGCACUUAUUGAUUAAACAAUUGUGAUUUAAAAAUCAAUACCGUGCCUAAAAGUGCGUAGAAAUCUUAUUUUUACUUUAUAAAAAUAAUUGUAUAUAUAAUAAAGGUUAAUGAAAAAACCAACCUUUUUAAAUUUUUAGGAGGAAACGGAAGGUUAGACCAACUUUGCGGCUGGGACGAAAAAGACAGGCCAGUCGACUGUGCAAAAGAUUUUGAUCGAUGGACCGAAGUUUGUGCUUGCGACGCACCAUUAUGUAACACCUUCGCUCACCUGCGAUCAAACAUGGAUCAGCAUCGCGAUAACGACUACGAAAUGUCGCGCUACGGCGCAGGUGCAAAAGGGGUACGUUUUAUAAGCAUACAACCCUAUAUUGAUCCGAAUCGCUUCCCCCUCUUUUAUAUCUAUACAAUGCAGUAGGUUAAUUUGAACUACUAAAGUUAAUAAAUUAUUUCAGCGAGAAUACACAAAAAGUGGAUCAAACUCUCGUGGAUGGUACCAAGGUAGUAAUCUAAUCGUCUUACUGGUUAUACUACCUUUAGCGGUAGGAGGAAUGGCAGUGUGUUUAGUCUUUGUAAAUUACCACUGCAAAAUGACUUGA